AGGCGAACUAUCUCCUGAGGUGAUCCACAGCCUACAGUGGCAUGUCCCCGCAUCCUUCGCUCGCUGCCACCACCGCAAGGAUAGUGCACCAUAGGGGUCACAACUGCUUGAGCAUUAGAGAAACCGUAUAUAUUUCUAUUCUCAAGGCCAACUACGUAGUCUACCUAUGUUAGCAUUUCACCAAACAAUUCCAAUAAGUUGAGCACUCUUAACUUACUUACCAAUAACUUACUACCCCUGAAUCACAUUCGACUUACACAUUAAACCUGCCCCUUACUUACACCAACUACAAUGGGAAGCCUUUCAAAGAGACUAAGCGUCGUCGUGACGGGCGGCGCCAGCGGACUCGGUCUCACCAUGGUGGACUACUUCGCGUCGCAAGGGCACGCCGUCACCAUAUUCGACGUCAACACGCAAGCGGGCCACCAGGUAGCCGCUGACCUGACCAAAAAACAUCCCGAGGGCAAAGUCGACUUCAAGUUCUGCAACAUCACAUCCUGGGACAGCCAAGCGACGGCAUUUAGGGAAGUGUACGAGAAGAACGGCCGUGUCGAUGUCGUCAUGGCCAACGCCGGCAUCUCGGAGCAGGGCGUCAGUAGCCUAGGGCUAGCCGACGAAGAGGAACCGUCGCAGCCUAGGUUGCGAGCUCUAGAUGUGAAUCUAACAGGCACAAUCUACACGGUCAAACUUGCCAUACACUACAUCAAGAAGAACAAGCCAGAUCCCACGACGGGAUCGCGGGGGUGCAUCAUAUGCACAGCUUCCAACGCGGGCCUAUACCCCUUCCCAGUGGCUCCAGUGUAUGCCGCUUCCAAAUCAGGCAUAAUCGGUCUCGUUCGCUCCCUUGACCGGGUCCUUGAGAAGGUCCAAAUCCAGAUUAACUCUUUAGCCCCCGCCGUACUCGAAACUAGCAUCUCUCCGUCAAAGGCUCUCUUUGAGGAGAUGAUUGUAACACCCCAUUCCACACUUGUUAAGGGCGUCGCGCAACUCGUCGGUGACCCAAAAAUCAGCGGGGCUGUUGCUGAGAUCCACGGAGAAAAAGUUACGCUGCGCACACAUUACGAGUACGUGGACGAGGACACGAAAGCCAACAUGGAGACAUUCUGGAAACACGGAAUUGCUUGAGCUAGACCACACCUUUCAUUUCCUUUCUACGAUUUCGAUUAGAUGUCCAACAACAGGACUUAGAGAUAAAGAGGCUUGGGAAACUUGGUUCGGCACUUGGGGAGUGAUUUUGAGCUACGGGUAGCACCGUUAUCUAUAGAUAUGCUGAUAUAGUCAUAAGAGAUUCCUGAUGGGAGGGCAAAAUGAAGAAUAUAAUGACGACAUAAAGAAUGAUAAGCGGUGAAGAAAAGGUCAACGAUGUGAACAACGUGAUGAUAUGAAAAGGAACACGGUGGAAACGCCAAUAAUACAAACAUAUUCAUAUAUACCUAGAGAUAUGUCUAGAUAAGGGAGCAGUGCCGGAAUAAUAUCACACAUUGUCGUGAGAGAACUGGCACAUGUGAAAUUAACGAUAUUAUUGCCUGAGGAGCUCUAACCCCCUUUCUUUUUACCAUCUUAUAGA